GCCGCGCACGACAACGAGGGCGCGGGCGAGGCGCGUGCCAGGCAGCACUCGCUGCGCCCUGGCCAGCCGCGCGCGCCGAGCACCGCGCGCACGCCGCGGCGGUGCCUCAGGCCUCGGCGGCGCGCGGAGCCGCAGCGCAGGCCUGCCUGCCACGAGCACGCGCUGGCGGGCGGCCACGGCGCGGAGCAGCCGGUGCCCGUCGGGCACCGCGGCGCGGGCGGCGCAGGGCACCGCGCGGCGGAGCGGCGCACGGCGCCUGGCGGAGCGGCGCACUGCGCGGCGGAGCGCCGUGCCGAGGGCGCCGCGGCGCACUGCGCGACGGAGCGGGGCCUCGGCGCCAGGCUCGGCGCAGGCUCGGCGAAGGCCCAGGCUGCCGCGCGGAGCACGGCGGGGAGCCGGCUGGCGGCGGCAAGCGCGACGGCUACGACCAGCUGCCCGGCGGCGCGGACGACCUCGAAGGGGGCCCGCUGCGGCGAGGCGGAGAGCGGGAGCGAGAGCGCGGAGGAGGGCAGCGCGCUCGGCAGGGGCCUGCUUGACGCGAUCGAGAAGCAGCAGGGCGGCGAGGCCCAGGGAGCCGAGCUCGCCGAGAUGCGCGCCAACGAG